AUGUCCGUGCAGCUCUCAGUAGAUGUCGCCCGAAGAGCGCUUCAAGAUGCUCAAGUGGGGCCGGAGGUUCAAAAGAUCGGCGUGUCCUUUCCUGAUGCGGUGGUCGUGAACUCGGUCGCUCCGGAGACCUGGGGCCAGGGCAGAUUUCGUGGAGGUGAAGAAGUGGUGGCGGUGAAUGGCGUAGACGUGGCGACCAUGGAUCGUGAAACGUUUAAGGAGGCUUUGAAGGUGCGGCCACUGACCAUCAGGUUUCGAGUGCCGGUGGACUCCAAGGAUGAGCUCCAUACUGCAGUAGCAGACAACAGCAUAGACAAGAUUGGCUUGUCGUUUCUGCAGUUGCCACCGGAGCCUGUGUUGGUGAACAAAGUGGUCCCUGACUCCUGGGCAGACCAGGCUGGUUUCGAAGGAGGUGAAGAAAUCGUGAUUGUGAAUGGCCGAGAGGUCUCCAGCAUGACAAGUGAUGAGUUCAAGGCUUCAUUGAAGGAACGACCUUUAGCCUUGAGGUUUCGGGUUGACGAUGCUUUGCCAGAUGGUGUGGAAGAGCUGGUGCUUGGCGAGGACGUGGACAAGAUCGGCCUGUCCUUUUUGCAGCUGCCACCAGAUCCCGUCUUUGUCAACAAGGUGGUCUCUGGGACCUGGGCAGAUGAGCAAGGCUUCACCGGAGGCGAAGAGAUCCUGGCGCUGGACGGUGAAUCGGUGACGGCCAUGAGUCCUGAAAGCUUCAAAGUGGCACUGAAGCGACGGCCCUUGGCCUUGAGGCCAGACCUGGGUUCCGGUUGCCAGAGAGUGACGUUCCGACCUGAGGGUGUUUUGUUGUUUCGACCCAACACGAGGACCUUCACUCAGCUACCCCCGGAGCCUGUGGUGGUGAGCAAGGUGGCGAGUGGCACUUGGGCAGAAAGCAUCGGCUUUCGCGGAGGUGAAGAAAUCGUGGCGGUGAAUGGACUCGACUGCAUCGCCGCUAUGGGGCAACAUGAGUUCAAAGCCCUGUUGAAAAGUCGACCCUUGACCUUGAGGUUCUUCCCAGAAGAUCCACAGGAAACACCUUCAAAAGAUGGAAAGAUUGGCACUGUAGAGGAGCAACAACGAGAGGAAGCGGCACUGAAGAUACAAGCAGUUCAGAGAGGAAAGGCAGCACGGAAAGCAACUGCAGAGGACAAGAAGCAAAAAGAAGAAGCCGCUAUGAAGAUACAAGCAGUUCAAAGAGGAAAGGCAGCACGAGCUGCAAUGGCAGAGAGCAGCAAAGAACAGCCAGCGAGCAAGAAAGCAGCGCCACAGCCAAAAGCACUGCCAAAAGACAAGACAGCAGCAGGUCCAACAGCUAAACAAAAGGAUAAGCCCACCAAGAGCGGGAAGACAGACCCCGAGGAGCAACAGCGAGAGGAGGCAGCACUGAAGAUACAAGCAGUUCAGAGAGGAAAGGCAGCACGGAAAGCAACUGCAGAGGAAAAGAAGCAAAAAGAAGAAGCCGCUAUGAAGAUACAAGCAGUUCAAAGAGGAAAGGCAGCACGAGCUGCAAUGGCAGAGAGCAGCAAAGAACAGCCAGCGAGCAAGAAAGCAGCACCAAAGCCAAAAGCACCGCCAAAGGACAAGACAGCCGCAGGUGCCACAGCAGAGCAAAAGGAGAAUCCCAGCAAGAGCGGGAAGACAGACCCCGAGGAGCAACGGCGAGAGGAGGCAGCACUGAAGAUACAAGCAGUUCAGAGAGGAAAGGCAGCACGGAAAGCAACUGCAGAGGAAAAGAAGCAAAAAGAAGAAGCCGCUAUGAAGAUACAAGCAGUUCAAAGAGGAAAGGCAGCACGAGCGGCAAUGGCAAAGAGCAACAAAGAACAGCCAGCGAGCAAGAAAGCAGCGCCAAAGCCAAAAGCACCGCCAAAGGACAAGACGGCAGCAGGUCCAACAGCUGAACAAAAGGAUAAGCCCACCAAGAGCGGGAAGACAGACCCCGAGGAGCAACAGCGAGAGGAGGCAGCACUGAAGAUACAAGCAGUUCAGAGAGGAAAGGCAGCACGGACAGCAACUGCAGAGGAAAAGAAACAAAAAGAAGAAGCCGCUAUGAAGAUACAAGCAGUUCAAAGAGGAAAGGCAGCACGAGCUGCAAUGGCUGAGAGGAGCAACGAACAGCCAGCGAGCAAGAAAGCAGCGCCAAAGCCAAAAGCACCGCCAAAGGACAAGACAGCAGCAGGUCCAACAGCAGAGCAAAAGGAGAAUCCCACCAAGAGCGGGAAGACAGACCCCGAGGAGCAACAGCGAGAGGAGGCAGCACUGAAGAUACAAGCAGUUCAGAGAGGAAAGGCAGCACGGAAAGCAACUGCAGAGGAAAAGAAGCAAAAAGAAGAAGCCGCUAUGAAGAUACAAGCAGUUCAAAGAGGAAAGGCAGCACGAGCUGCAAUGGCAGAGAGCAGCAACGAACAGCCAGAGAGCAAGAAAGCAGCGCCAAAGCCAAAAGCACCGCCAAAGGACAAGACAGCCGCAGGUGCCACAGCAGAGCAAAAGGAGAAUCCCAGCAAGAGCGGGAAGACAGACCCCGAGGAGCAACAGCGAGAGGAGGCAGCACUGAAGAUACAAGCAGUUCAGAGAGGAAAGGCAGCACGGAAAGCAACUGCAGAGGAAAAGAAACAAAAAGAAGAAGCCGCUAUGAAGAUACAAGCAGUUCAAAGAGGAAAGGCAGCACGAGCUGCAAUGGCAGAGAGGAGCAACGAACAGCCAGCGAGCAAGAAAGCAGCGCCAGAGCCAGAAGCACCGCCAAAGGACAAGACAGCAGCCGGUCCAACAGCAGAACAAAAGGAUAAGCCCACCAAGAGCGGGAAGACAGACCCCGAGGAGCAACAGCGAGAGGAGGCAGCACUGAAGAUACAAGCAGUUCAGAGAGGAAAGGCAGCACGGAAAGCAACUGCAGAGGAAAAGAAGCAAAAAGAAGAAGCCGCUAUGAAGAUACAAGCAGUUCAAAGAGGAAAGGCAGCACGAGCGGCAAUGGCAGAGAGCAGCAAAGAACAGCCAGCGAGCAAGAAAGCAGCGCCAAAGCCAAAAGCACCGCCAAAGGACAAGACAGCAGCAGGUGCCACGGCAGAGCAGAAGAAACGGCCCAGCAAGAAGGCAAUGCCGGACAAGGCGGAAAACACAAGUGACAAUGGGGCGCCAAAGCCAAAAGCACAGCAAAAAGGCAAAACAGCAGGACCUAGUGCUGGGGCCGUUCCAGGGUUAGUUGAAGAGCUCACUGCAGAGGAAGAGAAACAAAGAGAGGAAGCUGCUGUCAAGAUACAAGCCGUGCAUAGAGGCAAGGCUGCAAGAGCAGCAAUGGCGGAAGGCAGCACCGGACAGCCUGCGAGCAAGAAAGCAGGUUCAACACGGAAAGCGUCAAAAGGCUAUGCAGCAGCUACAGCCACAUCAGAGCAGAAGCGAAAGUCCAGCAAGAAGGUGGACCGAAACUCGCAGGAAGAUGCGAACAGCUCCAAGGACGGAAGCCGUUCUCCGCGUCGGAGUGCAUCCGUGGGUCCCACCUUGUCCACCGCGCAGCGAGCCGGGCGCAAAAGCCAGCGUUCCGAGGCCGAAAAAACGGCGGCGGCUCCCACAUCGGCCCCCACAUCUCCGUCCCGAUCCAGCCAAGGAAAGCUGGACGAUGGCAAGUCGCGGGACCCCGAAACUGCUUCAACGGUUGGGCACGCCGUGGUCGAACUCCUUGUGAAUCCAUCCGGGUGUCCCCGCGGCUCCUUGUUGUCGCUGGGUGAUGUUGGGAAGCCAAGGGGCCGGGACAUCAUUGCGGAAAAUGCCAUGACCACAGAAUACGAAGAAGCGUUGAAGCGGGUGAUCGUCCAGCAGGCUGGAGCUGGACUGCAAAUGAAGCACCUGCAGCUGAAGAGCAGUGGAGCCAAAGUCAACGCCAAGAUCAGUGCACCUCCCACGGUUCCACGGGCAAUGCUUCACUCCUGUUUGGCCAACAGCAGUGGAGCUCUCUCUGCGGCCCUCGAAGAGGAGUUGGUGAGCAGCAUUGCAGCGCUGGCCGAGGGUCGCGGUCGGGAGGCAUUGUCCGUGGAGGGCCUGGAACUGCGCUUCGGGGAGGUGUCCCGUAACAGCUCCAUCUUGGACACCAGCGGCAGGCCGGGCGUGCCGGCAGAACUCACUUGGGUGCUUAGCACCAAAGGACUCCCCCGCCCCGAACUCCCCGAACUCCGCGAAGCCACGGCAGCGAAGUGGCGCGCGAAGUGCUACACCGCGCCCCGCACGCCACGAACACCAAGGGCAGGUUCUGAAGCGGCCUUGAGCCGCUUUCGCUCUGAGCUGCUUCGGCGUGGAGGGACCUACGCGGCUGCUUGGCGUCGAAUUCUGGACUGUGCCGGGCACGGCUACCUGAGCUUCGCGGAGUUUUGCGACGCGUGUCGUCGCAUGACCUACAGUGGCAACGUCAAAGACGCCUGGCAUGCGCUGGAUGCUGAUGGCUCUGGCAAGGUGACCCUCUGCGAACUCCACUGGGCCACGGCAGAGGCGCUGAGUCGCUUCGUUGCCUCCCUGCAGAGCUCUUUCGGCAGCCUAGAGCUGGCCGCCAAAGCCCUGGGCAGAGGAGGUCGCCGCUUACGAAAAGAGGAAUUCCGAAGUUGGAUGCAAGAACAGCAGGUCCUAUCUGCCUCCGAAGCUGAUCAGAUCUUCAAAAUGAUAUGUUGUGACUCGACCAUGUCCCGGCCCUCCGUGAUGGCUGAGGACAUCGACUGGCUGGCCCAGCUCCUUCCCCACCUGCCACUUCCCAAGGGCCGUGUGGCCCCGGGCGCCUCCGUGCCCACUGCGGAGUUGGGUCUUCCUGAGGGCCCAGACUCAGCCCAGGCUGCGCCACAGGCUGCCAGGACGCCGCGCAGUGCCUCGCAGCCAGCGAGGCGACCCUUACAGGAUGGAGAAGACUUGUACGAAAGACUUCAUCGAGAGGCUAAAGACUACCACGCUCGAAAGAAGGAGAAGCACGAGAAGGAGGGUCUUUUUCGACCACCUGGGACGCCCCAAGAGACGAAAGCCUGUGGUAACACCGUGCACUUGGAGAAACUCUACAAGAUGGGACAGAUGCAGAAAAGGAAGCAGGACGUUUCCACCUGA